UUUGUGAUUGGCCCAAGAGAUAGAGAAAAUACGGCAUAUAUUCAAGCGAUUGUGAAAGUGACCAUGGAUAUUCAUUUGAAUGAAAUGGGUGGAGACAUCUGUUUUCUGACUGGCCAGUUUGAAAUAGAGAAGAGUUGUGAGCUGCUUUUUCAGAUGGCGGAGUCUGUCGAUUACGACUCUGAUUAUGUGCAGGACACCACGCUAGAUGACCUGUUGAUACUGCCAUGUUAUGGCUCUAUGACAACAGAUCAACAGAGGAGAAUAUUUUUGCCACCUCCACCGGGAAUUAGAAAAUGUGUCAUAUCCACCAACAUUUCUGCAACAUCUUGGACAAUAGAUGGGAUCAGAUAUGUGGUGGAUGGAGGCUUUGUGAAGCAAUUAAAUCACAACCCCAGAUUAGGCUUGGACAUCCUGGAGGUGGUUCCUAUUUCAAAAAGUGAAGCGUUGCAGCGAAGUGGCAGAGCUGGCAGGAUUGCCUCAGGAAAAUGCUUGCGGAUUUAUAGUAAAGAUUUUUGGAACCAGUGUAUGCCUGAUCAUGUGAUCCCAAGGAUUAAGAGAACUAGUUUGACGUCUGUAGUUUUGGCAUUAAAGUGUCUUGCCAUACAUGAUGUCAUAAGGUUUCCAUAUUUGGACCCACCUAACAAGAGACUUAUUUUGGAAGCACUUAAACAGCUUUACCAGUGUGAUGCUAUUGACAGGAGUGGUCAUGUGACGAGAUUGGGUUUAUCCAUGGUGGAGUUCCCUCUCCCCCUACAUCUGACGUGUGCAGUGAUCAGGGCUGCUUCUCUUGAUUGUGAAGAUUUGCUGCUUCCAAUAGCAGCAAUGCUGUCUGUGGAAAAUGUCUUCAUCAGACCUGUUGAUCCAGAGUACCAGAAGGAAACAGAACAGAGACAUCGAGAAUUGGCAGCAAAAGCUGGAGGAUUUAAUGACUUUGCAACUUUAGCCGUCAUUUUUGAACAGUGCAAAUUAAGUGGCGCUCCUGAUUCGUGGUGCCAAAAGCACUGGAUUCACUGGCGGUGCUUAUUUUCUGCAUUUCAUGUGGAAGCUCAACUUCGGGAACUGAUCAGAAAACUUAAAGAGCAAAGUGAUUUCCCAAGAGAGACUUUUGAAGGCCUUAAACAUGAAGUACUACGAAGGUGUCUCUGCGCAGGCUACUUCAAAAAUAUCGCACGAAGAUCUGUUGGCAGAACGUUUUGCACAAAGGAUGGGCGUGGAAGUCCAGUUCAUAUUCAUCCUUCCUCAGCACUUCAUGAACAGGAAACCAAACUGGAAUGGGUUAUUUUUCAUGAAGGAUUAGUUACCACCAAAGUCUAUGCAAGAAUUGUGUGUCCAAUCCGUUAUGAAUGGGUGAGAGACUUACUACCCAAGUUGCAUGAACUCAAUGCACAUGAUUUGAGCAGUGUGGCUAGAUGUGAAAUGAGAGAAGAUGCAGAAAGAAGAAAAUGGACAAAUAAGGAAAAUGUGAAGCAGCUAAAGGAUGGAAUAUCAAAAGAAGUGCUAAAGAAAAUGCAGAGAAGAAAUGAUGACAAAUCCAUAUCAGAUGCACGGGCUCGUUUCCUUGAGAGAAAGCAGCAAAGAAUCCAGGACCAAAGUGACACACUGAAGGAAACAAGCUAAGCAGUGGACUGUCCAAUUCAGGAAGUAGGAAAGCAGCCAGGAAAUGUGCUUCUGUUUUGCCUGUUAUUUCAGACAGUACUAUCAAGAGGAAGUGGUCAGCAGCUGUUCUUAGUCUGUGAGCUAAAAGCAAAUCAGAAUUUAUAAAUCACAUCUUAUCAAUACUAACAAAUGAUAGUUUGAAAGAAAAGAUUGGAUUGCAUAGUCAUAGGCAAUGGUACAUGAAACCAAUGAAAGAUGAUAGAAUGUUUUCCUCACUUCUGUCUUGCUGGCCUUAGCUGGUAUCAAACGCUGUCACUGAGAUAUUUUCAAGGAACACUGAAUUGUAUUUAAUCAGCGUGUAUUCCAUUUGCAUUGAAGCAUUAAAGAUUAUUUUCCUUAGAUCUCUUCAAGGCCUUCUUAUUGAUAUUAGAAUAGUGUUGUAUCAGGUAUGUGACCAUUUUCUUCGAAGGCUGAACUUACUUAAGAGGAUUUUACUCAGCAAUACUUAGAUGUCUGUUUAAUUGCUCCAGAGCUUUAUAGAUACUUAAAGACUCAAUUAGUAAAUAAAUUGCCUAUGGCAGUACUCUUUCUUAAAUUAAUCAUAAUCUUUAAAUUGAUUUUUUUAUUAUAAAAUUCCUUUUUAUAUGAAAGUAUAUUGUUUAAAACAGUAGCUAUAGCCAUUAACCAAAGGACAGGUGUGUGUGUGUGUGUGUGUGUGUGUGUGUACACAUACAGUUCUUUGUAACUGUUUCUACAUACUUUUGUCAGCCCAUGUAUGUAGGUGUGACAGUGCUUUCAAGCAGCCCCUCCCCCUGGCCUGCUCUCCUGGGUAGGACCAUUUAAACAGCUAUGAUGUUAAUCCUGAGAUGGGAUUUUCAAAGCAGCCAACACUUCACUCGUGUUUCACAUCAGAACCUUGUGGCUAAUAUUAUACUCAGGCCACAUUCAGUACUUGCCUGCUCUUGUUUACUGCCUUGUAUUGUAGUUACAUGUGUAUGUGUCUGUCUUCCUCAUUAGAUUAUACGCUCCUUGUGGGCAGGGUCUAUUUGUUUUCACUUUGUAUCUUACA